AUGUCUUUCAGUGGACGCAAGUUCUCUAUCAACCGCCAUACUGGCGCACCCAAGACACUCACUCGACGUUUCAGUACGACCGAGCCUUCAACCAACGAAUUCCAAUCCAAGGUUCAUCGCCAGUUCCGAAAUGCUCAUGAGGGACACAUGCCUCAUGCUGGUCUCGAUGCCAGCCGAUCAUCCACCGGUGUUAUCUGGUGUACAGAGCGAGCCUCUGAGUAUGGCUACCUUGAGGAUCCUGAAUCAUGGGCCAAUCUUGGCCAGGGUGCCCCUGAAGUCGAGGAUGACAUUGAGGGCUGUUUCCCCCGACCCGAGACCAUCAACAUUUCAAUGGCUGGUCGAGAGUAUGGUCCUACCGCUGGUAUCAAACCAUUGAGAGAGGCGGUUGCUAAACUUUACAAUGAGGAACACCGUCAGGGUAAGGAGAGUCAAUACACCUGGGAGAACGUAGCUAUCGUCCCUGGUGGCCGUGCUGGUCUCAUCCGUAUCGCUGCCGUUCUCGGCAACUCAUACCUGUCUUUCUUCUUGCCCGACUAUACGGCCUACAAUGAGAUGCUGAGUCUUUUCAAAAACUUUGCCGCCAUUCCCGUCCCUCUGGCUGAAGAGGACGGCUACCACAUUCACCCUGACAAGAUUGCCGAGGAAAUUGCUCGUGGUACCUCUGUCAUUCUUACCUCAAACCCUCGCAACCCCACGGGUCGUGUUAUCGCCAACCCGGAGCUUGCCGAGAUCCAGGACAUCUGUCGAGACAGAGCUACAUUCAUUAGCGACGAGUUCUACUCGGGAUACAACUACACAUCGAAUUGCGAUGGCUCGACAAUCAGCGCGGCAGAGAACGUCGAUGACGUCGACGAAGAUGAUGUUCUGAUCAUUGAUGGUCUCACCAAGCGCUUUCGUCUGCCCGGUUGGAGAAUUGCAUGGAUCCUGGGACCCAAGGAAUAUAUCAAUGCCAUCGGUUCAUGCGGUUCUUACCUGGACGGUGGUGCCUCUCAUCCUUUCCAGGAAGCUGCUAUUCCUAUGCUCGAGCCCAGUUUGGUCAAGAAGGAGAUGAUUCACCUUCAAUCUCACUUCAGAGAUAAGCGUGACUUCGUUGUACGACGCCUGCGGGAGAUGGGAUUCAUCAUCAAGUACGUGCCGGAUUCGACAUUCUACCUUUGGCUCAACCUCGAGGGUCUUCCCGAGUCCAUCUCCGAUGGCCUCAAUUUCUUCCAGGCCUGUCUUGCUGAGAAGGUUAUUGUGGUGCCUGGCAUCUUUUUCGAUCUUAACCCUUCACGCCGUCGUGAUCUUUUCGACUCUCCCUGCCAUCACUUCGUUCGACUUUCUUACGGUCCCCGCAUGGACGUUCUAAAGAUGGGAAUGGACGCUAUUGAACGUGUUGUUCAGAAGCACCGAAAGCUCAACUAA